AUGCUGAUUCCCAAGGCUGACCGCAAGAAGAUUCACGAGUACCUCUUCCGUGAGGGCGUCCUCGUCGCGAAGAAGGACUUCAACCUUCCCAAGCACCCCGACAUCGACACUAAGAACCUCUUCGUUGUCAAGGCCCUUCAAUCCCUGAACUCUCGCGGCUACGUCAAGACUCAAUUCUCGUGGCAAUACUACUACUACACCCUCACCCCCGAGGGUCUCGACUACCUCCGUGAAUGGCUUCACCUCCCCGCCGAGAUCGUUCCCGCCACACACAUCAAGCAACAGCGAUCGCACGCUCCUCCCCGAGGAAUGAUGGGUGAGGGUGAGCGCGAACGCCGACCAUUCGGCCGCGGCCGUGGAGGUGACCGUGGCGACCGUGGUGACCGUGAGGGUGGCUACCGACGACGAGAUGCUGGUGAGGGCGGCAAGGAGAGCGGUGGUGCUCCUGGUGAAUUCAACCCUCAAUUCCGUGGUGGAUUCGGUCGUGGCCGUGGCGCUCCCCCCUCGUAG